AUGAAGAAGAAAGGAAAUGAUGCGAAAAACGGAAAUUUGGAAGUGGAAGUGCAAACAUUGAGUCAGAACUUUAGAAAACUGGAAGUGGAAAAUGCUGAAACAGAAGAAGGUGAAAAUGAAGUGAAAGGUGAAACAGAAAAGGAUGCAAAUGUUGUGAACUUUUGGACUCAAGCUGACAAGGCAGCUAUCUGGCAAAACAAGGAGUCUGAGACAAGCAUAAAAAGCGAGGAUGAUAUCAAACACUGUGAACAUGCUGCGGCCCAUGAACAUUUUAUACCUCUUACAGACGAGGAACAUGAUGCAGUUGAGAAAGCAUUUUCUUCAGCGGAUGACGAGGUCCUGGUAACUGAUAAGAGCUUAAACAUAAAAAUCACUGGUGAAAAUUUUCGGUGCCUUAAACCACGCGCAUGGUUGAAUGAUGAGGUGAUAAAUGUCUACUUAAAGUUGCUGAAAGAGAGAGAGAAAAGAGAUCCCAAUAAGUUUUUGAAAUGCCAUUUCUUUAGCACAUUUUUCUACAAGAAGUUAAUCAAUGAGGGAAAGGUCUAUAACUCUGUUCGAAGAUGGACUAGUAAACAUAAUCUGGGAUACAGCCUUAUCGAUUGUGACAAAAUAUUUGUCCCUAUCCACAAAGGAGAUCAUUGGUGCUUGGCAGUCAUAAAUAAGGCAGAUCAGAAGUUCCAGUAUCUUGAUUCACGCAAAGGAAAGGAUGAGGAAGUGAUGGAAGUGUUGGCCAAAUACUAUGUUGAUGAGCUGAAGGACAAGAGUGAGGAAGAAAUUGAUGUGAGUUUCUGGAAACGUGAAUUUGUUAAAGACCUUCCUGAGGAUUUUAACAGGUUUGAUUGUGGCAUGUUUAUGAUCAAGUAUGCUGACUAUUACAGCAAGGGCUCCGAGUUGUGUUUCAACCAGGAUGACAUGCCACACUUUCGAUUGAAGACAGCCAAGGAGAUUCUACAAUUGAGAGCUGAAUGA